CUCUUGUAAUCUCAUCAUCAAUCUACUCUGGGCCUUAAUGGCCUCCCUUCCUUUCCUCUACCUUCUCUCUUCUCCUCCUUUGCUUCAAGUUCUUAUUGGUUUUCAACUAUUACCACCUCCCAUCCCUAAGUUCAAGCCUUAGUUAUUCAAAAAAAAGUUCAAGCCUAAAGCCUUUUUUAGACUUUGGCAGACAACCUUAUUCUUCUUUGACUUCUUCUUCUUCUUCUCAUCUUCAUCCUCCUCCUCCUCCUUAAUUUUUGCUUUAUUCUAUAACCGGGGUCUUUACUUCUUUGCUUUGACUUUGACAGUUUGACUCCCUGCUGGCACCAUUAUUUUAUAGAUUGUCCUUUGAAAAUUGACUGUGAUACUGUUUUCGACUUACAUGUUCAUCUGGGUGAUUAUGUACCAUACAUUUUUCUGAAAUCAGUGUCUGAAGUUUUGAAGCUUUUUCUGAUCAACAAUGUCCAAAGAAAGCAGGGAUUCUAACCUGGGUGAUUUUGGGCUAGGUUACCAUACCAGCCCUCCAGAAAAGGUUAGGAGAAGAUCAAGCAUGAGCAGCAGCUUUGAUGGAGUUUCAUUUUCAUCCAAGGAGUUCAUGCAGUUUGAUUGUGCCUUAACCUUAUCACUGGGUACUAAUAUAGUGCCUAAACCGAAGGAUGCAGAUUAUUGUUACUCAAUCCCUCCCCUCAUUGAAGAGGUGGAGGCGUUGAUCUUGGCCCGGGCUCCCAGGUCUGAGUACUGGAAGUUCUUCUUGGUGAACAAGCGCUUCUUGGCACUUUUGAAGAGUGGAGAGCUGUACAAGAUCAGGAGUGAACUCGGGCUCAAAGAGCUGUCUAUUUUCGUGUCCCCUUGCGGGGAGAGAAAAUGGUGGGAAUUCGACAGGCAGUUCAAGUCCUGCAGGAAGCUCCCUAUCUUACCCGCGGAUGAAACUUUCAUCCGCGGUGAUAGGGAAUCGCUUUGUGCAGGGACUCAUCUGCUAGUCUCUGGCAGAGAAAUUGAGGGGCUUGUUGUGUGGAGGUAUGAUAUGGAAGCAAACAUUUGGUCAAGGGGUCCUUCCAUGAUCAAUCCAAGGUGCUUGUUUGCUUCUGCUACAUGUGGUUCCUAUGGAUAUGUAGCCGGUGGGUUUGGAAUGGUAGCAACAGGUUGGGAAGUUAUGGAUUUCGCCGAGAGAUACAUUCCGCAGACUAAAUCCUGGGAGCCUCUUCCAAAUAUGAUCAAAAAGAGAAGGUAUUGCUCUGGCUGUUACAUGGACAACAAGUUUUAUGUGAUUGGCGGGAGAGACCCUGAUGGAAGAGGUCUCAGUUGCGCAGAAGCCUUUGAUAUGGAGAAGAAGACAUGGGAACUGAUCCCAGACAUGUUAGAAGUAGAUGAUGCUCAAGACCAAACUUUGAAUAACCAAUCCCCGCCUCUCAUUGCGGUUGUGAACAACGAGCUCUACUCACUCGAAACCCGCACAAACGAGCUCAAGGUGUAUAUGAAGAGAAGCAAAUCAUGGAAGAAGUUGGGAACUGUUCCGGUGAGAGCUGAUACUACUCUAGGAUGGGGAAUAGCUUUUAAGUCGCUGGGGAAUGAGUUACUUGUCAUACAAUCUUCACAAUAUGGUCCUUCUCUGCUAUACACUUGCUGCCCUAAUCCAAAUGCUGAGGAGUUGCAGUGGGAAGCUCUUGAACAUGGCAAAAACCCUACCUGCUUCAUCGUCAAUUGUUCUGUCAUUGCAGCUUGAACUCGAAGGUCGCUUAGUCUGGAAGACUAAUCUUAGGAGUGAUUUCUAUCUUGCCCUUUGGCAAGUGUUACUUAAAUAAGGCUCGUCAUGACUACAAGCCAUUUGAGUUUGUUUGAGUAGCUCUUCUAUGCCGGUGUGUUUCCUCUUAUUUUCCAGUGUUAUCGUUAUAUUACUAUUAGGUCUG